UUUGGUCAAAAAGGAAGAAAUUCAUAUUGAUAGCGCACAACCACACACCCAUACCUUCCUAUUUCAUAAUAACACCCAUCGAUCUAGUGAGCAACGACUCAACUUAAUCCCUAUUUAUUGCUUGAUUUAUUAAUUAGUCUAUUUAUUUAUUCAUUAUUGUUACAGUAGGAGUAUUGCUAUUACUAGUCCGAUUGUAUUACUAUUAUCAAUCUAUUUAAAACUCCAAACCACUCAUGCUACGUCGAUCUCGGCGGGCGUGGAUGGCGGAUGACAUGGCGACAUGGGCGAAUCGGAUAUACGAGCUCCGCCGGGACGUCGUCCGCCCCGCCCAUGUUGACGCCGCGGAGCAAUGGCUAAUGAAAAUGAUGCCGAAAAGGCCAUCCAACAGGGCCUGUCUUGGAUUUUGGGAGGUCCAAAUCGGAGUGCUAAACCAAUUUGUCGGGAUUUGGCAAUUUAAAAGCCUCACCGACCGCGGGGAAACACUCAAUUGCCCUCACAUGGCCGACAAAGCGUGGGAGAGCGAAAUGGACCCAACGAGGCCCUUCCCUUACGCGCAGUCGAAUCUUCUCAUGAAACUGAUCUACCGCGAAAGCAACAUCAGCCGAUUACGGUAUAACUAUUUAAUGCAAUUUACGGACUCGAAGGAAAUCGAAACCCCCCCGGGAUCCAUUUUGGCAGCAACUUUUCAGGUCGUGGUGGGUUCUCCCGAGGGGAAGUACGUGCAUUUGAUCAAAAAUAACAGCCCCGACGGGGUGAUCCCGCUCACACCGAUUCUGGGAAAUUCCUCACUUUUAAUGAAACCCGCACAAUGCGCGCAAAUUAUGCGAUGUGUGUGGCAAUAAUACGCGAUUGGAGUUUUAGUAUGAUCAUUGAUAUUAUGAUUAUUGGAUAGAACUCCUUUUAUUUAAAACGUAUUUUUAGCUAUUUUCCAUUUAAAACGAAAAGGAACGGAAGUGUGGGAAUAAUUAAAAAAAGCAGAUUUAUCUUCCUUCUCUACUCUGUUCCCCAUUGUUUUCAUUCCAUUUAAGAUAUGUAUCCUUUUGUGUUGUUAAUAUAAUGUAGAUGGAAUGAAAAUAGAUGGGAACAAAAAUAAUGGAAAAUUCUAAAACCAGUUGUGCCUAUCCUUUUAAAAAUAUAUGAUGAUCAAAUUAGUUUAUUUCGAACACAAAAAAAAAGGAAGAUGCACAUACAUUCGCUCAAUUAAACUAAACAGUGGAGUAUGUUUAGAUCCCGCUUACACAUUUGUUUUCGGUCUACGUUAACAAAUAUUUCAAAAGAAAAUGAUGAAUAAA